CUGGCCGUGGAAUUCCCAUCAGAAGACAUUUUCUUAAUGACUGCUUCCCCAGUUAUAAAAGCUGUAACAAAUUUCAAACAGGUCUCCAAAACACUUGAGGAAUUUGAUGUAGAAGAGCAACCAAGUUCUCUGUUAGAAAAAAGAUACCCCAAUAUUAAAGUUAUACAGUCUGGAGUAAAACGAUUGAAAAGCGAUGAGCAUAAAAUUGUCACUGAAGAUGGGAAAGAAUAUAUGUAUGAAAAACUCUGCCUGUGCGCUGGAGCAAAACCAAAGUUGAUUUUGGAAGGAAACCCAUAUGUAUUAGGAAUCCGGGAUACUGACAGUGCACAGGCUUUUCAGAAGAAUCUGGCUCAGGCCGAGAGGAUAGUAGUGGUAGGAAACGGUGGGAUCGCGCUUGAAUUAGUGUACGAAAUCCAGGGCUGCGAAGUAAUCUGGGCUAUCAAAGACAAAGCCAUUGGGAACACGUUUUUUGACGCAGGAGCAGCUGAAUUCCUUAUUCCAAAGUUAACUGCUGAAAACCGGGAGACUCCAAUUGAAUGUAAAAGAACCAGGUAUACGGUGGAAGGAAGUGAGGAAGAAGAAAGACCUGUAGCAGCAGGUGACAAACUGGGCAGUGCCUUAGGCCCCGACUGGCAUGAGGGCUUACACCUUAAAGGGACUAAAGAGUUUUCUCAUAAAGUUCAUAUUGAAAUACUGUGUGAAGUAAAGAAAAUACACUUACAACAAGAAUUUACACAACUGCAGCGGACUUCUUUGGCUUUUCCUAAGGAAGAGAAAAACGUAGAGCCAGAUGAGGUGCUGUGGCCUGUGUAUGUGGAAUUAACUAACGGGAAGAUUUAUGGAUGCGACUUCAUUGUCAGUGCAACCGGGGUCGUGCCAAAUGUUAAACCAUUUCUUGAUGGCAACAAUUUUGCUCUAGGUGAAGAUGGAGGUCUUAAAGUAGAUAAACACAUGCACACGUCCCUGCCGGACGUCUAUGCGGCUGGGGAUAUCUGCACAGCCUCGUGGGAGCCCAGUCCAGCGUGGCAUCAG